AUGCUGCUCGACAAGAUGUCGACGGCGGCAAUCGGUGCGCAGCGACGCGAGGGUCUCCCUCUGCUCCCUGCCCGCGUGAAGAAGGCGGGAGCCCUGAACCCUGACGAGGAGGUCUUGCGCCAGUUCCUCUGGGGCUCUCCGAAGAUGCGCUUCCUUAUAUGGGAGAUCCAGCGCGUGGUCUUGGAAUUGGUGGGCAUUCACCUGGACAUCAAGAUGUCCGCCGAUGAUCGUCUCAAGAGCAUCCGAGCCUUUGACGAAAAGGACUUGCCACAAGUCCUCAUCACCACUUACGCGCUGAACAUCGCCGGCCACGACGCGCAGCACCGAUGUGCAACAGUACAUCACGUCGAACCGGCCUUCAAUUGGGCUACAGAGCACCAGGCAGGCACGAGGGUCUACCGGAUAGGUCAAGACCAAGAGGUCGAAAUUGUGCGCUUGUUCACGGAAGGUACGUACCAAGAGCUGCACGAAGCUGGUAUGAUCAAGAAGGCCAACUCCAUGUUUGCCGCUUUUGGUGAGCUGCAAUCUGCAAGUGAGGGCCUCGAGGACCGGGAGAAGAUGACGACAGAGGAGAUCGCGAAAGGUGCAUUUGGCAUAGUCCGGGAUCGUGUGCGGGGCCGCGACGACAAAGACGUGCAAUCAGCCAACGAAGAUGCUAUCACAAAGGCCAAAGGCAAGGGCAAGGGCAGAUCGGCAGAUUAG